CUUUGUGGUCGGCUAUGUUUUGGUGUAGUUGGCGAAAACGUCCUGGGACAUUUACCUGAAAAAAAAAAAGAAAAUUAAUAAUUACAAGAAAAAGGUUUUCAUGGAUACCGGUUUCUGGUCCUCGUUUUUCAUAAGUGUCCUCGCACUGUAAGAAGUACAAAUGCCGCAGUUUGUUUUGGCUAACCUUGGAUGCAACUGUUUUUAGCUCUGACCAGCUGGCACGGCGCGAGCAAGCUAAAAGGAUAUUUGAACUGUCCGGGGGUUAUUAUUAGCAAUGAACGAAUAUUCGUUCACUUUGCCUGUUUUUCCCCUGUUUUCCUCAGGACCAUACAGAUAAACUGUUGGAAGCCGAGAAGCUGCCCGUUACCGCUGCAUGUCGGGCCGAGUAGAAAUGGACGCCCCUGUCCCAUUAAUUUCAACAGAUUUUCAACGAUAACCACCAGCGACCCCCGAAUCAGCGCUGCUCACAUCAGAUCGUGGUUGUUGGAGUUUUCUAUGACCCCCUCGGUCUAUGCCCAGCUAGAUUCGGUGGAAUUGUUUCUGGACGAGCUCCCAUAUAUGUUUUAUUUGGGCCUGUUUUUUGUGAACGUCCUCAUCCUCUACUAUGCUUUUCUAAUGGAGUACAUCGUCCUGAAUGUGGGGAUAGUAUUCUUACCUGAGGACAUGGAUCAGGCACUGGUGGACCUUGGGGUGCUGUCCGACCCGGCUUCCGUACCUUAUGACACCGACCCGGAGCUGGAUGUGUUUGAAGGAUACCUGGAAUGACAGGGUGGGACUGAGGAAGCACAGAGAUGGGGACAUGGCUCACAAUGGGUGCUGCUGCAGGCUACUUCUCACAGAGACAUUUGAUUGAAAAAGUUAUUUUCUUAAGCUAAAAUAUACACAAUGCCAAAACAGACAGGUUGUCUUGGCUCCAAGUUUGGUGGCCGGAUGAAGAUUAGACUGAUGACCAUCUCUUCUGCAGCACUGUGAUGUGCAGCACCUCUGGCUUUGGCUUCAGACACAAUGAAAAUGAACUCUCCAUGUGCUCCCAGUAAAGACUGAAAGCUAUUCUCUCUUACUAAGUAAUAGAGGAUAGCUGUGAUGAUUUGCAUGAAGAUCCACUUCUUGCUCCAACAA